GCGGAACAUGGCUGCGCCCAUAAGAUGAAAAUUUUGGAUUUUAUCAAUAAUUUUUUAUGAAUUUACAGCUUUCUGGGUGAUGAUAACGACUUGCUAGGUUCUCCUGAUGUGUCACCCCCCAUGAUAAAACGCAGAAUAUGACGUCGAUUAUCAAACUCCAUUGCUUCUCUGGGGUACAAGGAGAGAGUGCACCAUGUUACAUGCUUCAGGUGGAUGAAUUUAGGUUCCUGUUGGAUUGUGGAUGGGAUGAAGACUGCAAUCCAGAAACACUCAAGGAGGUGAAAAAACACCUCCACCAAAUUGAUGCAGUCUUGCUGUCUUACCCGGAUGCUCUCCACCUUGGGGCUCUGCCCCAUCUAGUCGGGCGUUGUGGUCUCUCAUGUCCCGUUUAUGCCACAAUUCCUGUCUAUAAAAUGGGACAGAUGUUCAUGUAUGACUAUUAUCAGUCUCGUCACAACACAGAAGAAUUUGAUCUCUUUACUUUGGAUGAUGUGGACGCUGCUUUUGAUAAGAUCAUCCAGCUGAAGUACUCCCAGACAACCAACUUAGUUGGAAAAGGUCAAGGUCUUCAGAUCACGCCACUACCUGGAGGGCACAUGAUAGGUGGAACCAUUUGGAAGAUCGUGAAGGAUGGGGAGGAGGAGAUCGUAUAUGCUGUGGAUUAUAAUCACAAAAAAGAGAGACAUUUGAAUGGUUGCGCUAUUGACACCAUAGUACGGCCAUCUGUCUUGAUCACUGACGCUUUCAAUGCCACCUAUACCCAAGCAAGGAGAAGAUUACGAGAUGAGCAGCUGAUGACCAACAUUCUUCAGACAAUGCGUCGAAGUGGCAAUUGCCUUGUAGCUGUUGAUACGGCUGGUCGGGUUUUGGAAUUGGCUCAGUUAUUGGAUCAACUUUGGAGGAACUCCGAGUCUGGCCUGAUGGCCUACUCCUUGGCCCUUUUAAACAAUGUCAGCUAUAAUGUGGUUGAAUUUGCUAAGUCACAGGUCGAAUGGAUGAGCGAUAAAAUCAUGAGGGCCUUUGAGGACCGCAGAAACAAUCCAUUCCAAUUUAAACAUGUCCAGUUAUGUCACAGUCUUGGAGAGUUAGCAAGAGUCCCGGAACCUAAGGUUGUUCUGGCAAGUGUUCCUCACAUGCAAUGUGGCUUUUCCCGAGACCUGUUCAUCCAGUGGUGCGGCAACCCCAAGAACAGCAUCAUAUUGACUUGUCGAACGUCCCCUGGGACCCUGGCUAGACAGCUCAUAGACAAUCCAACUGAGAAGCAUAUAACUGUCGAGGUGAAGCGGCGUGUGAGGCUGGAGGGGCAGGAAUUGGAGGAGUAUGUCAAGAGGGAGAAAGAGAAGGAUGCUAUGAGUGCGGCACUCAAGGCCGAACAGGCUAAAAUGGAAAAGGAUGAGUCGAGUGACGAGAGUGACAUGGAGGUUGAGGAAGGAACCUCAGUCAAACAUGACCUCAUGUCCAAGGGAGAGGGAAAAGCAAGAUCAAGCUUCUUCAAACAUGCCAAGAAGACCUACCCAAUGUUUCCAUUCUCUGAGGAGAGGAUUAGAUGGGAUGACUAUGGGGAAAUAGUCAGGACUGAGGACUAUUCUGUACCAGAUGCUGUUCCUAUUGAGGAGGAGAAACAUGGGGAAACGGUUAAGAAGCCUGAAGAUAAUGUGAACGAGGAUACAACAAUUGUCCCCACGAAGACCAUCUCAGCAACCCAGACCAUCGACAUCAAUGCCAAUGUUGUCUACAUUGAUUUCGAGGGUCGCUCAGACGGGGAGUCAAUCAGGAAGAUCCUGGGACAAAUUAAACCAAAACAAUUGAUUUUAGUACGAGGUUCACCUGAGGCUACCGACGCCCUAGCAGAGUACUGCUCAAGUACCCAGGGGCUUGUGACUGGCACCAUCUUCAAGCCACAGAUGCAAGAGGUGGUCGAUGCAACAACGGAGGGAUUCAUUUAUCAGGUGAAACUGAAGGAUUCCUUAGUGAGUGCUUUACGCAUGUACAAGGCCAAGGAUGUGGAGGUGGCGUGGAUGGAUGCCAAGAUUGAGGUCAAGGGCGGCAAGACGGACACCGGCGCCAUGUUUGAACGAGAGGAGGGAGAGAUUGAUGAAGAGUACGAGAACUUAAUGAAACUGAAAGGUGCCGAGGCCAAAGCAGUCGAGGACAUCAUCCCCAUCCUGGAACCUGUCAAUCAAAAUGAGGUGGUCGGCCAUACUCCGGUGUUUAUCAACGAACCAAAACUGUCAGACUUGAAAACUGUGAUGGUACGAGCGGGUAUCCAGGCCGAGUUUAUUGCUGGUGUCCUCGUGUGUAACAAUGCUGUGGCUGUCAAGAGGAAUGAAGCAGGGAGGAUACAGUUGGAAGGAUGUCUUGGGAGCGACUAUUUCAAAGUGAGGGAGCUGCUCUAUGACCAAUAUGCCAUCGUCUGAGAACAGAUCACAGGAACUUUAGAAAGACAGUGCAUUUAGUUUUGGAAAUGGAAGUUUUAUGUUAGCAUUGUGCUCUCAAACACAGCAGUGCAUAAUUGGAUCGGUCAAGAGCCAGGAAAUAAUGUUUGGCUAGGUUGUUCUUACAUGAGGACCUUUUACGUCUCGUAUCGGUGUGAAUGUCAAUUUGAGAUCAAUUGUUCGAGUCAGUCAACUUUUCUCACAACAUUAGCUUGGAGAAUUUUGUUGUACGUUCUGAAGAUGUUGUCAAAAUUUGUUUGUGUGAGUUCUGACUUCCCAUACUGGAAACAGAAAAUAUUUUCACAGCUAAAGUUUACAAAUUUGGCCAUACAGUUUGAAAAACUGUGUUGAUUUUGAGAUGAAGUGUAGUGUUCGUAUUGAUAGGUCAAUACUUGAAGAAAUUACUUAUCAUGCUUUGUAAGGAACAACGAAAUAACUGAAUUCAAGAACUGUAAACUCUGCAAGAACUAUAAAGCUCAGAGUGAUGUAUUUUCCUGAGAAUAAAGACCUUUCUGUA